CUGCACUUACCAUUCCACACCCUUCAAGCUCACUUCAAGACCCUAGCAUCUACAAUGAGUGCUCAGAAGACCGCCACUGCCUCCUCUGGGGCUCUUCCGUCCAAGGUCGGCAUCACCGUCUUCCCAGGCUUUGAGCCCCUUGACGCUUUCGGGCCCCUCGAGGCGCUCUAUAUGCUAUCCAGCAACUUCAAGCUCGACCUCUACGUCAUCGCGUCCACGCUAGAUCCUGUCUACACCGGAACCAACGACCCACAGUUGAACAAGGCGGGCUCGCGCUUUGGCGUGAACAUCGUCCCGACGCACACGUACGAGACCGUGCCCGAUGACCUGGAAGUGCUGCUCGUCCCUGGAGGCGCUGGGGCGGCCGCGCCUACAAUAGCGCCCACGGUCGAGUUCAUCAGGAGGGCGUACCCGAAGCUCAGGUACCUGAUCACGGUCUGCAAUGGCGCUGCGGUUGCUGCUGCGGCGGGCGUACUAGACGGCAAGCGCGCUACGACGAACAAGCUGUAUUGGAAGAUGAUCACCGCCUCAAGCCCAAACGUGAACUGGGUGCGUACGGCGCGGUAUGUCGUGGACGGAAACUGUUGGACGUCCGGAGGCGUUAGCGCGGGGAUUGAUGUCACCUUAGGGUGGAUCUCGAAGUUGUAUGGGGAGGACAGGGCACGUACCGUGGCGAAUAUCAUGGAGUACGAGUGGAGACAUGAUCCGAACUGGGACACUUUUGCAUACGUGCAUAGGGACGACGUGGACGUGUUCGGGGGCGGUGUGGCAUUCGACUGAGACCGACUAGGGAUUCCCAGCGGGACUUUACGAUAUUGACUGAGUUGCUAGCAAUUACAUCCAAGUCACUACGUCAUCAGGUCAAAUUCAGAAGCGAUUCCUACUCCAUAUCUUGUCUCCUUGAUCACCGUGCGGUUGAAAGAGACGGAAGGACGCUAGUGGGAGAUGAUCGCGGCGAAGCAAAGAUGGCAUAGUCUUCUUUCUGCUACUCCUACCUUCGGCGGAGAUCCCACAUAUCAUCCAGGAGGACGCUAACAAUCAUACAGUACCACUUCAUCACAAGGACAUCUGUGCGCAAGAAGGUUGGUGGGAUGAACGGAAGAGUCUGAGAUGGAGGCAACAUACAUGAGAGAGAUCAGACGAAUUCACGGCUGGGCCGGGUUGGCUGAGCCCGUUGCUGAUUGUAGGGACUAGUGCACGGACGCGGUGACAGUACAAAAUCCAUCGAGUUGCUCUUCAAACCAAUCACUGAGCAACUGUGCUGGCAAAGCCGGUGAUCCGGUGAUAAUCGCAUUCGAAGGUAUGUGAGUUUUGACGGUGUUUGGACUGUCGGGAUAUUCAUGGUACUCGCCACGGCGCUGUAGGACUGUGAUGUUCAGGGAUCCUGACCGUGAGCUGUCAAGUCUGACAAGGGGAUGAUGUCAAACAUAAGGCAAAACACAUCGAGGUUCUUGAAGCUGAAGUGUGCAAGAGAGGUCUUUACAUGCGUUGACGAGCUCGACUGUAACGUCAAUGGAUGGAUAUAAGUUAAUAUGAGGCGGAGAAGGACAUGUGUACCCACGCUCGGAACAUCCUCCUCUGAGAACGCUUAGACCCUGCGUUGGUAUGAACGCCACAGAUGAAUGGAGCGAUGUCCUUUCGGCAGGUCCGGGAUGUUAGAAUAUAUUGACGUAGUGAUCCAAAUUCUUGAUUAGGGUAUACAAGCACGGAUACAUAUUUCAGUCCAGUAGACGUACGAUCAAGCUCUCGAGGUCCAUCCGAAUGGAUCGGGGGUUGAUUGCGGAAUGCCUCCCCAUUGUGGAGUCACCGUCUCCGAUCUCGAGGUGAACUGUGCGGUGGCAUUCGCCGUAGCAUCGUUGGUGUUCGCUGACGCUGUGAGCCCCAUGAGGCUUUGCAUGAUGGUGUCCACAUCGUCAGACGACGGGACGGGAUCGUCGAGCACGGCAUCAGCGCUCUUAACGGCCGUCUGGUCGAAGAGCUCGUCUUCCUCGAGCUUCUUCACCGCGGCGCGUAAGUUAUUCAUGACUUGCUCAAACAUCUGCUUCUCUUCCGCCGCUGUGAGUUUGUGGCGGGAUAGGGGACGGGGUAGUAUAAGAGGGUCUCUGUUCGCCUCGUCUUCCUCAGGCCGAGGUCUGUUGAUGCCAACCAUCUCCUCGCAUUUUCGGACAAAGUCGUGCUCGGAGAGCUCGGAGUCAACACUUGUGGUCUCAUCUGGCCCGUAGUCUGUGCCGAUGGUGCUCGAGGGCGACGGCGCCCUCAUAAUGGUGGGCACAUACUGGAGAUCGGUGGGAUGAACGAUAUACGGCUGGCUGGGCAUCCUGGAGGUGAUGAGAACAAGGCCGGCC